AAGAAGAGUUUCAAAUCCCACAAUCCACCGCUGCAUGCCCUCACAACAAACCGAUGGAGGCUUCCUGCGUUAACGUGGAUACUGUGUUAGGACUUUUAGACAGCUGUUUGUCAAAGUUAGGGUUUGAAGGGUAUCCUCUAAAGGUUGGCUGGUAUAACGCUGUGCUGCCUCCAUGCCUACACCUGUCCUACCCAGAAGACACCUUGGCUGUGGUGUUGCUCAGCACUCCUGCCAUGUUUGAACAAGCCUUCCUGCCCUUUAUGGAGCAGAAGAGCUGUCAAGAGCUGUCUGACCCCGUGGACCAGUGUGUCAGAUUCUCUGUCACAUCUGCUAUCUCACAGUGUUUUCCUGGACAUAACGUGGAUGUGAGGUACGACUAUGAGUUGCUGCCCAACAGGAAACCAAAGUUUUUAGCACAGACUGCUGCUCAUGUAUCUGGAGCAGCGUUCUACUAUCAGCAGUCUGAUGUAAAAGACCAACCGUGGGCAGGAAAGAAAAUGUUUGGAGUGUGUGUGCACCCAAAGUUUGGGGGCUGGUUCGCCAUCAGAGCCUUGCUGGUGUUUGUGGAUGUGAUGGUGGGAUCUGAACUGGUUCAGCCAACUCCUCCUGACUCUGUUCCUUCCAGAGAGGGUCGAAUCCAGCUGCUGGAGGCUUUUAACUUUCGCUGGCAGGACUGGAGCUAUAGAGACAUUGUGCAUCCAUUCCAGACCUACUCUGAGAAACAGAAGGAGUACUUCUCCACUUUGCCAGCUCAGCGGUUCGCUCUGCUCAGGUCCUGGGGCUUCCUGCCAAUUGAAGAUGUUCAAUCUGACUUCAGCUCAGAUGCUCAGAGACAGGUGAACGGACGCAGCUGAUGGAGAAGAGGAGCUGACAGCAGAAAGUGCUGCUUGUUCUUUCUGCUUGGAUGACUUGAAUAUUUUAUUUUUUUAAACCAAAUUCUUGUUAAUAAGCUGCUUGCUGAUCUGAAGGCUGGCGAUGGUAGAUAAGCUAAAACAUUUAAGCUAAUAAUAUUUUUUCAGUGGCUGCUAAAAUGUUUGUUCCGUCAAGUCUCAAGUGGGAUCACAUCAUCAAACAUUAGCUUCCGUAAUUAUAGUCCGUCUCCUUCAAAAUGUAUUUAAAUACAACAACUGUUAGAACAGUUUGUCAAAAAGUGUCAGAAACUAUCAUUUUUUUUGUUUGAGGAUAAAAAAUGAACGAUUCUGGGUUUUCUGCUCUGCUGAUUAAAACGCUUUAUUUCGUGUCGUGUUUUGGCGAGGGAGAAACAGAAUUUCCUUACUGCACAAUAUGAAUGAUCCAAUAUUACAACAUGACUCUUGAAUAGCAGUGCUGAUGACAAAAUGAUGCUUUCGUUACGUUUUUUGUCUAUUAAGUAACAGAGGGGAAAUUUGUUGCUUUAACUAGGGAUGAUUAGUGUGAACCCUAACAAAGCCGUAUACUUCAUUUGCAUUUGUAGUUCUGUCAACUGGAAAAAUACAAAUAAAACAAUUUGUGGUUUAAAACAUCCUUCUCGUGA